AUGUCGUCCGAGGAGUACCAAGCGUUGCUCUCCGCGGAGACGGCGGAGGCGGCGAAGGACCCGUUUGAGGGGUACACGUUCGUGAAACAGCUCGGCGUCGGUCUAACCGGCUCGGUGUACAAGUGCUGGAAGCCAAACUUGAGUAAGGCGGGCGUGCAGGACAAGGAGAAGCCAUACGUCGCGGUCGCGGUGAAGAUCAUGGACAAGGCGCAGAUUCUCGACAUCAACGAGACGGAGCACGUCACGCGAGAGAGCUCGAUCAUGAAAGCCGUGUGUCGACACCCGUUCAUCAUCACGAUGAGCGAGUCGUUCCAGACUCCGAGCGCGCUUUGUAUCGUGAUGGAAUACGCCGCGGUGAAGGAUUUAUUCUUCAUGAUUCACGAGCUCGGCGCGUUGUCGCUGUUUCAAACCAGGGCGUACUUCGUGCAGGUCGUCUUAGCGCUCGACCACGUCCAUCACAAAGGGUUCGUGUAUCGCGACUUGAAGCCGGAGAAUUUGCUCGUGCGCGAUGAUGGGUACCUGCGGCUGACCGAUUUUGGGUUCGCGAAGGCGUUGAAGCCGGGCGAGCGCGCGUACACCGUCUGCGGGACGCCAGACUACCUCUCUCCAGAGGCGUUACGGCACCAUGGAUGUAACCGAGCCGCAGACUUUUGGGCCGUGGGGAUUUUACUCUUCGAGAUGAUGGCCGGAUACCCGCCGUUUUAUGGGCAGACGCACAGCGACCUGUACCGGCGCAUCACCGAGGGGAAGCACCGGACGUUUCCGAACACCAUGAGCCCUCACGCUCAGGACUUGAUACGGCAACUGUUACGGCAGGAGGAGGGCGAGAGAAUCGGCAUGGGCGCGGGAGGAAUACAGGCGAUUCGAUCGCACCCGUUCUUUAAAGGGUUCAGCUGGAGUGCGGUGUUAGAGCAGAGGGUAGACAUGACUCUCCCGUCGAAGAUUGAGCCGGACGCAGACCUUGGGCCGGAGGACAUCACUGAGCCAUGCGAGGUGCCGUGCUUGACCGAGCUGUACAACCUCACGGACGAGGAGCAGAAGCUGUUCGAGGGGUUUUAAACUCGCUCGCGGGUGGUUAUAAAUUUUCUCCGACGACUGGGAGAGGUGGCCGCGCCGACCAGUGCGACAUCAGCGAAUGAUCGCCUGGGACUUCGCAACCUUUCUUCUACAGUAAUCCAUUCUGGGGACCGUUAAUCGCACGCGGUCCCGGAACCAGUUGACGGAAGUUGAUGUAAACGAUAAUCUGUGCAAUC